AGAAUAAAUAGUCAAAUUAAUCCGUAAACCGUCCAUUUUUCAUCAUUUUGAUCCAUAAACUAUUUAAAUCAACUAAAAAGAUCUCUAAACUAUAUACGAAAAAGUAAUUAAUGAGGUUGACUAGUUAAGUUCCACAAAGCGCUUGGAAGGAAGGAAGGAAGUUUGAAAAGGAGAAGAGUUAGAUAGAUUAGAUUAGAUGGAGAAAGCGGUGAGAGCAUACGCAGAAGUUCUGAGACUUGUGCGGCGUUUACCAAAGGAUUCAAGAGGUUAUUAUGCUAAGUACGCUCGCGAGAACUUCGUUAAUUACCGUGAGGUCGAUCCUUCUGAUUCCACUACUCUCCAUGAUCUCUUUCAACGUACCUACACUCAUUCUCUAUGGGUUCUUCAUAAGUAUUCGGUUGAUGAAUCUGUCGCUGAUAAGCUCAAGGUGAUAUGCUGCUGCGAUUAGUGCAGCUCAACUGUUUGUUGUUUUUCCUCGCAUAACAAUAAUAAAUUUCAGUUGCAUUAAUAUUUUCC